CAUAAACAUAUUGAAUCAAUCUCUAAAUAUAGACCACUACCAAUUACUUCGUUAAACGAAAAUUUUGUGAACGUAAGGGGAAGAGGUUUUUAUGUAGGGUUCUAAACUUAAUUAGGCAUCUGGUUGGUCAAGUUUUUGAAUUUACUUGAUUAUUAAGUUUUCUAAUAUUACCGGUAUUCUCAUCGAUCGAAGGUCUUGUAUUGACUUAAAAGUACUGGCUAUUGUUCAUAAACUUUCUAGUAAUUUCUAAAGUAUCAGUGAAUAAUAAAGUUAGAAAAUACUUCAGUUCAAUUACAUUCACUUCAACUGACAUAUACCAGCAUUAGCAUAUCUUUAGCAUUUUUUAUUUAUUUAUUUGUUUAUUUACUUAUUCAUAGCAUAGAAUGGCCAAUCCAAACCACCAUUUAAGCUUCGUCGAAGAUGAUGAUCCAUUUGAAGGAAAUGCAGACUAUUAUGAAGAUUAUCCUGAGAGUAUCCAAAUGGGUUCUGCUUACACAUUUACUUCUAAUACACCUAAUCCAAAUAAUCAUCAUAAUAGUAUGGGCUAUAUCAAUGGACCUUUAUCAAAUAAUAGAUAUUCUCAAUUUAAUCCAGACAUUGUUUAUUCACGUCCUCACUCAAGAGCUUCGUCGGUAGGUUUCGCAUCUCCUCAACAUCAUUUACUUGGAAGAAAUAUACCUUUACAACCUAUUCAUUAUAAUACCCAUCCUACAUUAUCUAAUGGUUCUAAUGGUAGUGAUACUGGAUCUACUGUGACAUUGACAACGGCCACUAAUUUAUCCAAAAUUAAAGAAUUUCCUUCAGCUUACCAAAAGCAUACUACAAACAGUAGUUUUGGUGAAGGUACUAUGUUUCAAUCUGAUUAUGAAAGUGGGAACCCAUUUCAAGCUCCACUUCAGGUUGGAUUCUCAGGUGCAAAUUAUAUGAUAAAUCCUUUGGAAGAUGCUGAUAAUGAUGAUGAUUUUGAUCCCUUUGGUGAUAAUGACUCAUUAUACUCUGAAACAGGUGAAGAAAUUAUAAGAAGAGGUGCCACUAUAAAAAGAAGGAAUACAAUGAAGAACGGUGGUGAUUAUCCCGAUGAGGAUGAUGAGUAUUUUGUUCCAAAAUUGCAUUACACUAAGACCAUUAAGAAAGCUAAAUUAAUUAAUGGGAAUUAUAUUAUUGAUGCAAAAGUCCCUACUUCAUUAUUGGAAACUUAUAAUACUAAUAAUGAAAGUGGUAAAGAAAUGUCUUUCUUGAGAUAUACUGGAGCUACUUGUGGUCCAUCAAAUUUCCAGAAAUUCAAAUACAAUUUAAGACAAGAAUUAUAUACACCCAAGAGAGAUACAGAACUCAUGGUUGUAGUUACUAUGUAUAAUGAAGACGAAUUCUUAUUGGCCAGAACCUUGAAAGGUGUAUUUGAAAACAUUAAGAAUUUAAGUGAACGUAAGAAUUCAUCAACGUGGGGACCAGAUAGUUGGAAGAAAGUAGUUAUUUGUAUUGUUGCAGAUGGUAGAUUAGAAUUAAACAAAAGAUCACAAUUGUUAUUAACGGCUUUGGGUGUUUAUCAAGAUGGUUAUGCUAAAUCCAAAAUUAAUGACAAAACUGUAAAAGCUCAUAUAUACGAAUAUACUUCUAUGGUAGGAAUUGAUGAGAUUAACGACAAGAUUCAUUUUGGAUCCAAUUCUAAUCCUGUUCAGUUAAUGUUUUGUUUGAAAGAAAAGAAUUCUAAGAAGAUUAACUCUCAUCGUUGGUGUUUCCAAGCGUUUGCUCCAAUUUUAAAUCCAAAAGUUGUCAUGUUGUUAGAUUGUGGUACUAAACCUGAAAAGGAUGCUUUCUAUUAUUUAUGGAGAUCCUUUAAAGAUCCUAAUGUUGGGGGUGCUUGUGGUGAGAUGAGAGUUGCUUUGGGUCCUAGUCGUCAAUUAUUAGCCAAUCCUCUAGUUGCUGCUCAACAUUUUGAAUAUAAGAUUUCAAAUAUAUUGGAUAAACCAUUGGAAUCAGUAUUCGGAUUCAUUUCAGUUUUACCUGGAGCUUUCAGUGCUUAUAGAUAUGAAGCAUUAUUGAAUGUAAAUGGAAAGGGUCCAUUGGAAAAGUAUUUUAAAGGGGAAUUUUUGCAUCAAAGUACGAAUGUUGAUGAUGAAGAAGAGGAUGACGAAAGAGACAUCAAAGAAAGGAAUUUCAGAGAAUCUGGAAUUUUCACAUCCAAUAUGUAUUUGGCAGAAGAUAGAAUCUUAUGUUUUGAAUUGGUGGCUAAAAGAAAUCAUAAUUAUAUAUUGAGAUAUGUUAAUGAAGCUAAAGCUGAGACUGAUGCUCCAGAAAACAUUGAUGAAUUUGUUUUACAAAGAAGAAGAUGGUUGAAUGGUUCCAUGUUCGCAGCUGUUUAUGCAAUUUUUCAUUGGAGUAAGAUUUGGAGAUCGGAACAUUCAUUAUUUAGGAAAUUAAUCUUACAAGUUGAAUUCUAUUAUCAAUUAGUAACAAUCUUAGUGUCAUGGUUUUCAUUAGCAUCAUUUUUCCUUGUGUUUAGAAUCUUAACAGCUAAUUUAGGAGGUGAUACUAUGCAUUUUGAUGUGGGGAAAUAUCUUGCAGCUAUAUUUUUAUGGUGUUAUGUUGGAGCUGUUGUAACUGCAUUCGUAUUAGCAUUUGGUAAUACUCCUAGAGGGGCUAGAAAGUUUUAUACUGCCAUCGCUGUAAUAUUUGCAGUUCUAAUGGCAUAUUUAAUGUUUGCAGUAGUUUUCUUAGCUGUUCAUACCGUUAAAGCCAUUAUAGCUGAUAAUAAUAAUCAUUUCGAAGUUAGUUUAUUAUUCACUAAUUCAAAAUUUAGGGAUUUAAUUCUUUCUAUCAUUUCAACUUAUGUGUUAUAUUUUGCUGGUGCUUUUCUUUAUGGAGAACCUACUUUUAUGUUUACUUCUUUUGUUCAAUAUGUCUUAUUAUCACCUUAUUAUGUGAAUGUUUUGAACAUUUAUGCAUUCUGUAAUAUUCAUGAUGUUUCUUGGGGGACAAAGGGGGCAGUUCAAGCCAAAGAUUUGGGUUCGGCUAAGAUUGUUAAUAAUAAGGAUGAAUUUGUCAUGAUUGUGCCUGGAGUUGAAUCUGAAUUAAAUGAAUCUUAUAUUAAUACUAUUGAUGCUCUUAGAACAGAAGAACCAAUAAAACCAAUUAGACCCAAUAAGAAAUCAAAAGAUGAUUCUUAUUAUGCAUUAGUUAGAACAAUUACAGUUCUUAUUUGGAUGUUCUCUAAUGCCAUAUUAAUUGCCAUAGUUUUACAAGCUGGUGGUGUCUUAACUGGACCAUAUAAUACUAAUGCAAAUUCAGGAGCAUUAAGUGCAAAUUCUCAAGUAUUCUUAAGUAUUAUUUUAUGGAUUGUUGCCGGAUUAGCAUUAUUUAGAUUUUUAGGAAGUGUGUUUUAUCUUUUGUUCAAAGCUUUCAGACCAUUAAAAUGGAAAAUUAGAGGGGAUAAAGGAAAUGGUUUAAAACUGCAAGUAUAGAUUCAUAUUUUAUUUCGGAUUUUGCAGCCAAAUUAACAUAAAUUUAUUUAUUUUUUGUACUUAGAAUAAUUUUUAAUUUUAAACAUAAUAGCAUACAUAUAA